AUGCUGGCAAUCGCCUCAUCAGUGCUGCGCGUGCGCUUCGACCAGUCAAAGACCAGUCCACGCAGCGUCUUACUGCUUGACGAGGAUGGAGAUACAGUCUACCUCCUCGUCAACAUCAUCCAUCUCCGCAAUGACAAAUUACCGGCACGCCUCGCCGCGGACGCAUUAUGCAAGCUGGCAAAUCUAGCGCAUGCGCUACGCUGUGUCGAAGCGGUCAAGCGCGCCUCCACGGGCUGGUUCGACUGGUUGUACACUAUGGCGAGAGCCGGAACGAUGCAGAUCGACACGUGGCGGAUGAUACACGCAGCGUACACUCUCGACGAGCCAGUCUUCUUUGCGCGGUUCACGGAGAAAUUGGUCAAGGAGGAGCAGCUGCUAGGCAACCCAAUCGGUACCGGCCUUAAGCUUGAAGAUAUGAUUAUGGAAAAGCUCGCCGCACAUCUGCAAGCUCUUCGCGCCGACUUCGACAUCAUUAUCGAACCUUGCUCCAUCGCUUUAUCAAAGGAAGGUCGCCACCAUUACAAUUAUGCACCCGGCAUGGAGCCGGACGAGCCUUGCGGCCUUUGCCAUGUGGACGACCAAGGCGCCACUCUCUACCUCGGCACGCUGCGUGACGAAGGCAUCUGGCCGCCUACUGUUUGGAAGAACAGUCUAGGCGAAGUGAUUGACAAGCUGCUAGCUUUCCGCAUCCCGGACUAUGACGACUGCGACAAGUGCGAUUUCUGCGCUCACAUCAAGACGAAGUUUGCCGUGGCGGUGGGAAUGGUGAAGAAGCUGCAUCAGCAGAGGCUGUGGGGCAUGUGUUUGGACUGCUUCAAGGCUGAUGGGAGGUUUGAGGGCGACUGCAGGGUGGAGCACAUAAAGGCUAGAGCUGUUUGA